AUGGACAAGAGUGAGCCUACCUACAACCCCCCCCCAUCAUACAGGGUUUUCCAGCCACAAGGGGAGAGGUUGCUGCUUCCUUAGGGUGGCCCUGCAGGUGGUAGACACCCAUGUGCUGACCUACCCCAGGGCUCCCAGGGAGCACAGUGUAGUCCUUUGUCCAGUGGCUCAGUGCCUGGCCAUGGGGAGCUGGACUUAGGGGCCUUACUGAACAGGGAUUUGGAGUGUAAGGGGAAGCUAUUGAAAGUUUCAAGUUCUGAGCAUGGUACUGUACCCCCUCACCACCCUCCCAGACCUGACAGCAAAAACAAGAAACCUGACAGGCAUCACUGCUUCUUAGAUGAUGCAGGUAUUGAGGUGUGUGUGUGCAACUGGGGCCACCAUGAUGAUGGUCUCAAAGAAUUCAAUACAUUCAUAGAUGAUGCCCUGGAUGGGCCCCUGGAUGCCUGUGACGGUUGUCGCAUAGAGCUCUGCCUGUCUUCUGAGUAGUAGGCUUGAGAACCUGGGCUCCCCCACCGGCCACCACUGCCUUGGUGCCUGCUGCUAAACACCAUCACCGAAUAGGACUCACCAAACUCACAGUGCAGCAGCUUCCACCUCACCCCCACCCCUGCCAGGUAG